UAUGCCUUUGGCGCAACCAGCCGGAGCCGUAGCUAGCCGUGUAUUGUGUGUACCGUAUCCCCGCGACAUGUGUUCGCCAUUAUUGGUAAUGUCAGAACUGAGCUGAGCUUGCUGAGUCGUGGUGCAGUGCAAUGGCUUCUCAUCUCAUUUCACGGUUGAGAUUAUUGGCUCAAUUUCGUGCAAAUAUAUCAAUCAGUCAGACUUUAUCAGGGAAUAUGGUUAGAGAGUCUAGAACAUUGCAUACAUCUACAUGCCGAGGGAAAAGGAAUCAUUACUUUAUACCCGCCUAUCCUAAGGAUGAUCCAGUUCGAGAUGAACCAAGGACAGAGCUCAUAGAAUCCAAGGAAGACUUCAAGUAUGUAGAAAGGUUGCUUCCUUCCAUGCAGGUCCCAGCUGUGCCCAACCACACCCAGUACCCCACUCCUUCAGGGUGGUCACCACCAUCAGGUGCUGCAUCAGACCUACCGUACAGUGUGAGCAGGACACGAUUUCACCAGAUCCCUGUCUUCACAGAAACUAAAAAGAUGACACAACACUGGACACUGGUCAAAAACAUCAAGGGAGAUAUUUGGUUUAUGGCAGAAGACCUGAGGAAGCACUUAGAGGAACAACAAGGAAGAGAUAUCCCAGUCACAAUCAAUGAAGUUUCUAUGAAAGUUCGUUACAAGGGACUCUAUGAAGACCAAGUCAAGCAAUGGCUGACUGAGAAAGGAUUCUAGGACCUCUCAUGAAGGGAACUCCAUAUAUGGACACAGAUGAAGUCAUUGUAUCUACAAAACUGUGGGAUUUAUCUCAGCUUGAUAUUGAAAGAUUGAUGCUAUAUUGAACCAUACAUGGGAUCAUUGGAACAAUGGCAAUGGUUCUUUAUUGUGCUGAUGCACUCAAUUGACUGAUGCCUGCCUCAUUGAGAUGUUAUCAAGGACCACUGACUCACUUUUUAUGUAAUGAAGAUAUUUUGACUGCUGAAUAAUGUAAUUUUGAUCAAAUCUUGAUAUGUAGACCCUCGUAGUAAUCAUAUGGAAGUGAAUGAAACCUUCUAUUUUUGCAGUGAUAGAUAGGUUUUAUGGUCAGUUAACACAAUACUGUACCAAGUUCAAUGAAAAUCUAUCAGCUAAACUAAUCCCUUUUACUUGAUAACAAUUAUAAAUAAGAUAUUCGAAACCUCAAUACUUUUUCAUAUAAGACAUUUUUGUUGUUGUCAGUGAUAAAUGUCUCAUGAUGAAAUUCUAAUGAAUUUUAUUAACAGAACACCUCUUUUAGGGAGAAGAAAUACUAGAAGGCAUGACAAAUGGAAUCAUGGCAUUGCAAUCUGCAUGUUUUUCUAUAAGAUCAAAGAAUUAUUGUGAAGUGGCAAUUAUAAUUCUCUAAACGCCGUCCAAUAUUGUUAUUCUAGCUCAAUUUUGAAAGUAUAGUUCAACUAGAAAUGUUGAAUGAGAAUAUUGAGGGAUACAUGUUGAUUUUGUACCAGGGAUGAGAAGUGUGUUCAUAUUGAAUUUCACCCACAUACGCCAAUCCGAAAUUGGAUCGGAGCAUUAUUUGAUAUUUUAUGAAUGAAGUUAUAGUUAUUCUGUUAUCCUAGGAUUGCUAGCACAAGGGUAAUCUGCACUUACAUGUAGGUUCAUAGAUAUUGUACUAUUUUUGUUUGUUAACAAUUCAAAUAUAUGAAAGUCACAAUCUUAAUUAAGAUUGACCUAGAAAAUGAAAAAUACAAUCUGUAUGCUUUUUUUUCCUAUUAUCAAUAAAAUUGCUAUUACAUAUGCACAUUUCUACAAAUUCU